AAACCCGUGAGUUUGACGCUGGGAAACCCGCUCACUCUUUCCUGCAGCUUCCGAAAAGAAACGGAAACAUGCCAGCCAAGGGUCCUUUGCAGUCUGUCCAAGUGUUUGGACGCAAAAAAACUGCAACAGCUGUGGCACAUUGCAAAAGGGGAAAUGGCUUGAUCAAAGUAAAUGGCAGACCAUUAGAAACAAUUGAACCAAGAACUCUCCAGUACAAGCUCCUUGAGCCUGUGCUGCUUUUGGGCAAAGAGCGCUUUGCUGGUGUCGAUAUAAGAGUUCGUGUCAAAGGUGGUGGUCAUGUAGCUCAAGUCUAUGCUAUUCGUCAAGCCAUUUCUAAAGCUUUGGUUGCCUAUUACCAGAAAUAUGUUGAUGAAGCCUCCAAAAAGGAAAUCAAGGAUAUUCUCAUCCAAUACGACAGGACUCUGCUGGUUGCUGAUCCACGUCGCUGUGAGGCCAAGAAGUUUGGUGGACCUGGAGCUCGUGCCCGCUACCAGAAGUCAUACCGUUAAUUUUCUGUAUAUUUUCUUCCAAAAAUAAAGUUAGAAAUAUUA